AUGACUAUUGACGCCCACAAGUUCCUUAUUGUAUUUGCCGUUGCAGCACUCGCAACACUUAUCGAUUACCUUUUACGUAUCCCCCGGUCCAACAAGACACCGCCUGGGAAAGUCAGUUAUCGUGUUCAGAAUAUCCCUGCUGACUGGAGCGAAGAUGUUUUGCGGGAUGUCCUGGCCAAUCAUUUCAGGGACUGCGGCAGCAUCACUAUCAAAUCCUAUUCUGAAGGCAUUGAAGGAAAGUCCAAAGUGUGCACUGUCUUAUUUGAACGACUGCCACAGCUGCUACUGGAAGGGUUGAAAGGUAAUAUAAACUACUAUAGCGUGCCGCCCCUUUGCCUGGACCGUGCCUUUCUCGGUCUGAGUGUCCUUUAUUCCCCUCCCUCACACGACCAUCAUGUUGAUGUCAUACUUGUCCCCGGGCUUGGCGGCCAUGCCUUGGGAUCCUUCAAAGAGCGGAAAGGAGAACACGUGUGGCCACGAGACUCGCUGCCGGGCGCUCUAGUAGGGAAUGGUGGCCACAGCUGUGGCUCUCCCAUCGCAAGAAUUAUUACCUACGGUUACAGUUCUGGUGUCCAGGAAAGCAAGAGCGCACAAAAUAUCGGGGACAUUGCUAAGUCAUUCCAAUCUAGCCUCAUGGAACUGGUCAGAGGCUCUGAUCUUCGGCCUAUCGUCCUCAUAGGUCAUAGUAUGGGAGGUCUAGUCAUAAAAGAGGUGCAAUCACUACGCUGUCUUCUACAGUGGAGAAGUAAUACUGACAUACGGAAAGACGUUGAUAUCAUUAUCACGGUCUAA